UUCCCACUGGCAGAUAUGAAGUUCCUUGCUCUUUUCGUCGCUUUGGUGGUUGUUGUAGCCAUGGUCAGCGGACAAUCGUCGGCCUUGAAUACUAAUCACAAUAUCAUUGUCAUUGGCAAACCGCCAGCCGGCGCUCCUGCCGCUCCCGCCGCUCAAGCUGCCCCUGCCGCUGGUGCCGCCCCCGCAGCCAAAUAAACCGUUUGUCGUUUGACCUUACAGGCUUAUUUAUUUUUAAAAAAUGUAGCUCCCCUUAUCAUUGUAAAUGUUUUAAAAUGUAAUGUUUCCUAAAUCUAUAUUUAAUGGUGUGAUAAUAGUUUAUGUAAUGACAGCUUGGCGGAAUGGCCUAUAAUUGGUUUUUCGGUUGUAAAUAAUUGAAGGUUUUAGCAAAAAAAAAUGUCGAAUUUUUGUA